AAUGCGGUCACACUAGACAGCUGAUUUUCGCAAAUUGGAAGAUUUGUUUUGUUCAGAGUUUCUCGCCAGGUUGUCCACUACAUUCGCCAAUCUAGCCAUGGAGCAAAGUGUCAGAAGUGUCGGCAGUCGGGAACAGUACGGGAGAAUGCACUGGGAGAGUGACGAACAAUGCGGCAUGCUGUUCCUUGACUGUGUCUACAGGAACGCGUCCAUGCCCUCUGCCAUGGGCGAUCUGAUCCUAUACGUGGUGUUCCUGGUGGCGACGAGCUACGCAAUCGUCCUUCUCUUCCGGAUGGUGCUGUCCUUGGUGAAACCCAUCCUGAUAGCGGUUAUCGCCCUACUUGUCAUCAGAUUCCUGAUAAUUGAGCUUAAUAGCCACUAACAAUAGACAAUAAUAAAGUUUGCCAUUCCGCGUGUAGUGGCCAAUCUGGCGGGUUCCAUCGUGACCAAGGUUGUGGAGGUGCCCACACUGCAUUUAAGCUACAUUAAGUAAAUCAAAUGUUGAUACCUCCAAGUUUAUGUAAAUAACAUUUGACGUUUUGUACCCAA